AUGAAUUAAUAGUAUUUAAGGAAGAAAUUGAAGAUCAGAACAACUACCGAUACUCCCCUUGUUCCGAAAAUAAUGUCUACAAAAAACGAGCAAUCGCAAUUCAUUGAAACUAACCGAAAACGCUAUAUAAAAGCAUUUAGUCCAUAGCGCUUUUAAUUGCCGCAAAUAGUUUAACCUUAAUUGAGUUAAUUGAGUCAGAUAACGCCACUUCGUCAAAGAGGGAAAUCUGAAAGUUUUAGAGAAUAUUCAAUGGGAUUCUUGGGGCCUAAUGAUUUUGUUCGUUUGUUGCAGAUGGAUUAAAAUUUAGGAUAGGAAUUUUGUUAUUUAAACAAUUAUGGCAAUCCUUACGAAUGGAAGGUUGUCAAUUAUGAUGAUAGAAACUUAGAUUAUUAUAUGACCAUAAGUGGAAGGGGAAUCAUAAUACACCACAGCAAUUUUGAGGAGUUUGUGUCCAUUAAGCAAUUUGAAAAAGAUCGAAAAUUGUUUCACAGAUUACAAAAGAUAGAGUUCUUUCGAAAUUAUCUGCAACAAAAAACAUUCACUAGGUGGAAGAAGUUAAGUAUCAAGAAUAAAGCUCAAUCAAUAUCUAAGGAACUGACUACUUGUUAUUUACUCUUAGAUCCCUCCCUCAAGAGACCCAUUGAGGAAAUUCACAAGUACACUCAAAGGAUAAAGGGUUUGGUGUUUUUUGUGCCUACUCAAAUGAGUCCUGUGAAUCAGGCGAAGUUCAUUCAAAAAUUGUAAAGAUCUCUAAAUGAUUUCUAAAAAGAACUGGCUAAGAACAUCAAUUUGAUAUUGAAAAUAGUUGUGGAUGCAUGUCAAUAUUCCUUUAGUAUUUUUAAAGAAGACCAAGGUUACAGGUAGAAUUUGGAGUUGAUACGGAAUUCUCAAAUGGAGCAAAAGCCUCUUAUUAUUGGUGUAUUAAUGCCCUUCUUAUAAAUAGGAUAAUUCUACACAGUCAAUGCAAUUCACAAUGGAAUCAAAUCUGAGGUAAUUUCAGUAGAAGCUAAUCAAAUUCACGAGGAUGAUUGA